CAAGGAGUGUCGAGAACCGUGUCGGGCACAGGCGAGAAGCUACAGCUGAUGGAAUCGAAUCUUCAUGUCUGGAGCGCCAUCUUUCAGCUCCUUCCCCGAGCUACCAGAGCUGUCGAAAUCGAGCUCCUCUAACCAUCACCGACAAGAUGGUCGUGAGCCCCGUCACACUCCGGUUCAUCGUGAAGAGAGAGGAAGCAGGUAUGCGGAGAGAAUAACGAAGCGUUCUCAUAGCGAGGAGCGUCGAAAGGCUCGAGAGGAAAAGGAGAAGAGGCGAAAGCGAGAGCGGCGGGAAGCAGAGAAACUCGCUCUUGAUGGUACGCCAGGCCAUUCUCGCACUGAAGAGGACCAUCGGGUUGUCCGUGAUCGACAUGAUGGCAAGUGGUCGGGAGAUGAUCAGGGAGUCGCCUGGUACGAAGCUGGUGGCAAAGGGAAGUCUCGAGAACUGUAUCACGAAGCAGAAGUCUCUGGCGAGCCAUUCUUCAGCGACAUAAUCGGCGACCGGGAUGCGCUUCGCUACGGUCAAUCAUCCUCUUAUCAUCCACCUCGCUAUCACCGCGAUGGACAUGGAAGAGUGCUAGGCUGCAACGAAGGUCUCCGGAUCGUGCGGUCGCAACAUCGUACUGAGAAAGGUCUAGAAUUGGCGCCGCGAGGCAGACCGUACAUCCCCCGAUAUUCUGCUCGCGUGCUAGAUGGAUCAUCUCGGAACGCUAGACGUCUCUUACUCCAACCUACCAACCAUGAUCCAUUCGAUCCAGACAUUUCGUUCGUAUCUUUCGGCAUCAAAGCUAAGCGAGCGGACCGAGACGAACAACCAGAUUAUCGAUCUAUCAACAAGGAGGAAGAAGAGGAAGAUGACGAUACUGCCGUCAUCGAAGAGACGCUCAUAGGAUUCUCGUCACUCGAGCAAGAGGUGCAGAGCCGGACAGCAGAACUUGAUCGACAUCUCCGCGCUCACCCUGACGAUAUCAAAGCUUGGAUUGCUUACUCCAAGUUGCAUAUGAGACUAUCUUCGGAAAGCGCAAGCAAGCCUGGCACGGAUCCUUCUACAUUACCUCAGACUCGAGCCAGCGCUGAGGUGACUCUGUCCGUUCUCAGUAAGGCCCUGAACCACCCGCCAAACUUCACGUCCGUCACUCUCCAUCUCGCCUACAUCCGUGCGGCCGAGGCGUUCUGGCCACCGGAAAAAGUUACAGGCAGAUGGAGAAACGUGCUCCGCGAACUCGGCGAGCGAUCCCGGGGAGAUCCCGCCCUCGAAGCAGGCAUGAUGGAUAUAUGGAGGGGCUACAUCGAAUGGCGAGAGGGUCAAGGGUUUGGAAAGCAAGAUGAAGGGCGCAAAGGCGCUGGAGGGGUCGAUGAGGUGUUGGAAGUCUACAGCGACUGUCUGCGGCGACUUGGAGAAUUCGAAGGCGAUCUAUCCAUACGAGAGGAGAACCAGCUAUAUCUGUUCGUCCGCGCCUGUCUGUUCAUGAGACAAGCUGGAUUCGUCGAGAGGGCAUUUGCCUGCUUUCAGUCCUUGAUGGAAAUUACCCUUUUCAAGCCAGAUCGACUUCGUCCUCCUUCGCAGCCGUCGCCUGCUUGGUUCAGAGAUCUCCUUGCGGAGUACGAAGUCUUCUGGGACUCGGAGACUGCCCGUAUCGGCGAGCAUGGUGCGAAAGGAUGGAAAAACUCCUCCACAGAAACGACAGAGACGCCUGAAAGUGGUGCCUCGCAAGAAGCCGUUGAGCAUCAAUCAUCUGACCCGUUCGAGCGGUGGUCCGAGGCUGAAUCCUUCGCCGAGAGUCGAGGUUUUCUUCCUGGCAGAGCCACGGAUCUCUAUGCUGCAGAUGAUGAGGAUCCUUACCGCGUCGUCUUGUUCCACGAUAUCGAGCCGUUCCUCUUUCCGAUCCGAUCUGGUCGAGUGCGAUUGGAACUAGUAUACACCUUCUUGUCCUUCAUCGGAUUGCCUUUCAGACCGCCCGAUGUAUCCACUGGAGCAGCGUCAAACUUGGACCCUCAUCUGCAUUGGUCCCUUACCUACAAUAAUCAGCUGCGUGCGUGCUUCUGGCCUCCAAAACUAAGACAGAAAUCCCUCCCUUGGCAGACUGUGGGCGGUGAACCUAUGGAGCCCGAAUCACAGAGGGCAAUGUCCACGCCAUUCGCCUCACCUGUCAAGAGCUGGCUCUCGACCGCUGACACUUUCUUCGGUGGAUCUGACAGGUGGUUUAGAGACGCUACGGCCAUCGAUCUUGCACAUGUUGAUCUCACAUUCGCCCGCAACGUGUUUAAACUGCUACAACCUCUCGUUCCGGAUCCCUCUUUCACCGCCAUGUACAUGGCAUUCGAAGCUUCCGUCUCGCCCAAGUCCUCUGUCAAGCUCGCUAAAACGAUUCUCUCUGUCGAUCGUGACAAUGCGGCCAUAUGGGACGGAUAUGCCAGACUCGAAUAUCAAAGAGGUAAUCUGGCGGCGGCGAGAGGCGUAUAUUCGACGGUCUUGCAGUCGGAUAAGAUCGACAAUGAUGAAAGGCUGGGCCUGUAUGCAGCUUGGGCCAGGAUGGAAUGGGACGCCGGUGAAGAGGGGCGGGCAUUGGAGGUCCUCGUGUUGGCUUCUGGCGCAGGUAACACUAAACUGCUGGAUCUCUCUCGUGAGGUUUCCAAACCUACAGCUAUCUCGCUCCUGAAGGCGAAACAGCACUACUCUUCCGUCCCACUUCCCUGCUCCUAUGCUCAGCUCGUGCUCGCCUCACUGUAUGCGUAUCUCACAGCGGGCAUCGACGCCGCCCGAGACAUUCUCACACGUCAUCUUGCUCUACUCCGACCUGCCGGUCCAGAAGCAGAAGAGGUAUUUCAGCUCCUAUGCCGUAUGAUUUACGUGCACACAUCUCGAAAUGCCUCACCCGCAGCCCUAUCCCGUGAUACACUGGAGCUUGCAAUCGCCACCUUCCCCAACAACACCCAGUUCUUGUCCUUCUACAUGUUUGGCGAGCUCGGGGCUCGCGUCCAUGGACGACUGCAGAGACUCGUCUCCCAGCUGCUCGCUAGUGAGACCAGCGGCAUCUCGGGACAGUUGUGGAGCGUUUGGGCGGAGGCCAUGUCUGCCCAUCGGACAUUUUGGGACAAGGGUGGAAAUGGCGCGGAACGUGUUCGUCAAGCUCUCGACAAGAGCAUCAAUUCGAGAUGGGGUAAAAGGUCCGCACCCAUGUGGAUCCUAUACAUCGAAUUCGACUCCCUGAUGGGCUGUCAUGCCGCUGCAAAACAGCUUUGCUAUCGAGCAGUCGCAGCACUAGGAGGCUGUAAAGCCCUGUAUCUCUUGCCUUUCGGUUCAUCUCUCCGACCACACUUCACACCUCAAGAACUAAGAGAUUGGGCGGACUUGAUGAUAGAGAGGGGAUUGAGAUUGAGGGUACCGUUCGAGGAGUUCUUUGAUGUCAACGAGACCGAGGCGGCGAUCGUCUUGCCCGAGGACGAGGAGCUGUACGAUGACGAGCUGGGAUUCCUGAGGGAUCGGGAGGAGCUCAAGCCGUAUUGAAAUACAUGUAUGGCUUUGGGCCAGCACCAUUAUUGAUUCUGCCACACAUGAAAUUUAUUCGCCAU